AUGCAAAAAGGAGAAAAGUAAAGGAUUUAGGAAAUAGUUGAUUAGAAAUUCGGCAUUGAAACAGUCAAGGAUGGGCCUGAUCGGUUAGGUUUUAUAGCAAAUUUUAAGACUGCCUCCAUUGUAGAUGAAGAUAUGAAUGAGAGAUCAGUUUUAUAGAUUUACUAUGUAGAAGACAAUGGCAAUUGGUGCAAGAGUACAAUACUCUAUUAGCCUUAUUUUUAUGUAGCUUGUGAGCGUAAUUUAGAAAAAGAAAUAGCAUUCUUCUUGGAAAAGAAGUUUGAGAACAAAAUUUCAAAAGUGGAAAUAGUAGAAAAAAUAGAUUUAGAGUAAAUAAACCAUUUGUCUGGAAAGAAAAAGAAGUACAUCAAAAUAUCUUUUAAAACUAUUCAAGAUUUAUUAGGUGUAAGAGGGUAGCUUAAGCCUAAGAUUGAUAAGAAAAAAUAAUAAGAUUAGAAUUCUUUAUCUAUUUAUAGCAAUAAUUUUAAUGGGCAUAUGAGUAGCACAAUAACAGAUUUCAAUAAAUUGGAUUUGUUAGAAUAUAUUUCAGAUAUUAGAGAAUAUGAUGUACCCUAUCAUUCUCGUGUCUGUAUUGAUUUGAAUAUAAGAGCUGGUAAAUGGUUUAAAAUAUCCUUCAAAGACAAUUUAGUAGAUAAAAUUGUUUGUAUGGAAGAUAUAGUGGAAAGACCAGAUUUAAAAUAUUUAGCGUUUGAUAUUGAAACAAGUAAAGCAGAAUUAAGAUUUCCUGAUGCCAAAACAGAUUGUGUAAUGAUGAUUUCCUUAAUGUACGAAGGUGAUGCUUACUUAAUUGUAAAUAGAGAUUUUUGUGGUUAGGAUGUUGUAGGAUUUGAUUAUGCUCCUACUCCUGAGUUUGAGUGUUCUAUUACAGUUUAUAAUGAACCAAAUGAAAAAGCUUGCAUCAAAAAAUUCUUUGAUAUUAUAGUAGACUACAAAGCAUUUAUCAUUACAAGUUUUAACGGUGACAAAUUCGAUUGGCCUUUUAUUCAUGAAAGAUGUAACUAACUUGGUCUCUCAUUAGAAAAGGAAAUAGGUAUCCAUUUAGAAGAAGGUCCAGAAUAUUUUGGAAGAUAUCUCACACAUCUUGAUUGUUUGUAUUGGGUUAUAAGAGAUGCUUAUUUACCUUAAGGAAGUCACGGUUUGAAGGCUGUAACAAGAUCUAAGCUCGGUUAUGAGCCUAUUGAAGUAGAUCCUGAGGAAAUGGUUCCUCUAGCAAGAAAUAAUACUCAGGAAUUAGCUGAAUAUUCAGUUUCUGAUGCUGUUGCUACUUAUUUUAUAUAUAAAAAGCAUAUUCAUGAUUUUAUUUUUGCUUUGUGCACAAUUAUUCCUUGUUAUUCAGAUGAAGUUUUGAGAAAGGGUUCAGGUACCUUGUGUGAAAAUUUGUUAAUGACAGAAGCAUUUAACAGAAAUAUAAUUUUUCCAAAUAAAAAAAUGGAAGAAAAAGAAAAAAUGCAUAAAGGACAUUGGUUAGAUUCUGAGACAUAUAUUGGUGGUAAAGUAGAAUGCUUAAAGAGUGGUGUAUUCAGAUCAGACAUUAAAUCAAAGUUUAAGUUUGAAAAAAAUGCUUUCCAGACACUGAUUGAUAACAUUGAUAAAUUAUUAGACUUCGUUGUUAGAAUUGAACAAAAUAAAGAAGUAAAAGAUGUUGAUGGAUAUGAAUAGCUAAGAGCUUCAGUUGUUCAAAAAUUAGAGUUUUUAAGAGAUGUGCCAAAUCCUAAUUGCCAUGAUGCCUUCCCACUUAUUUAUCACUUGGAUGUCGCUGCUAUGUAUCCUAAUAUUAUUUUAACAAAUAGACUCUAGCCUGUAGCAAUUGUAAAUGAAUAAAUAUGCUCAGGAUGCUUAUUUAAUAGUGCAUAAAAUGAAUGCAAGAGACCUUUAGAUUGGUAAUGGAGGGGAGAGUAUUUUCCUCUCAAUAGAAAUGAAUUUGAAAAAUUGAAGAGCGAUCUAGAAUAUGAAAGAGCUGCAAAUGAUUAGCAUUAAAAUAACACAGAAGAAUUUUAUAAAGCCUUAAAACAAAGAGUCAAAACUUACAGCUAAAAGACAUAUAAGACAAUUCAUGUAAAAGAAACUUUAACAAAACAGAAUACUGUUUGUAUGCGUGAAAAUUCCUUCUAUAUUGACACCGUUAAAGCUUUCCGUGAUCGUAGAUAUACAUUCAAGCAUUUGGUUAAGGUUUGGAAAGGCAAAGCUGAUGAGGCUUCUAAAAAAGGUGAUGCAGUUGGAAAGAAAGAAGCAAAUUUAAUGGAGGCUUUAUAUGAGUCUAUGUAACUAGCUCACAAAAUUAUUUUGAAUAGUUUUUACGGUUAUGUCAUGCGUAAAGGCGCUAGAUGGUAUUCGAUGGAAAUGGCUGCUAUGGUCACUCAUAUUGGUUCUAGUAUUAUAUCAGAUGCUAAAGCAUUUGUAGAUUGUGUUGGAAUUCCUCUUGAACUAGAUACAGAUGGUAUUUGGUGUUUGCUACCAGAAGGUUUCCCUGAAGAUUUCUUUAUUAAGUUUAAGGAUGGUAAAAAAGCUAGAAUGGACUACCCUUGCUCUAUUUUGAAUUACUUGGUUUAUGAAAAAUACUGUAACCGUUAAUAUUAGACCUUAGUUGACCCUGCAAAUCUAAAAUAUUAGACAAACCUAGAAAUGUCUAUCUUUUUUGAACUUGAUGGUCCUUAUAGAGCUAUGAUUAUUCCAGCUGCUAGGGAAGAAGGUAAGCUGCUUAAAAAGCGUUAUGUUGUCUUCAACAAGAGUGGAAAACUAACAGAAUUAAAAGGGUUUGAAAUUAAGCGUAGAGGUGAGUUAAAUAUUAUCAAAAUAUUCUAAUCAGAAAUUUUCAGCUAGUUUUUAGCUGGUAAAGAUUUAAAGGAAUGUUAUGAAGCUUGUGCUAAAGUUGCUAAAAAAUGGCUUAAUCUUCUCAAAAAUAGGGGAGAAGGCUUGAAUAACGAAGAGCUGAUUGACUAUAUUGGUGAAAGUAAAGUUCUUUCUAAGGAGUUAGCUGAGUACGGAGAAUAAAAGGGUGUUGGUAUUACAUGUGCUAAGAGAUUAAAAGAAUUAUUGGGGCCAGAUAUUGUUAAGGGUAAAAGUUUGUGCUGUAAUUAUGUUAUGAGUAAGAAACCAUAAGAAGCAAGCAAAGCUGAAAGAGCCAUACCCAUAUAAAUAUUCAAUUCAGAUCCUACAAUAAAAAAGAAAUUCUUACGUAAAUGGUUAAAAGAUAAUACCCUUGAUGAUAAGUAACUAGAAAUGAGAGAAAUACUUGAUUGGGAUUAUUAUAUUGAAAGAUUAAGUAACACAAUCUAAAAAAUCAUCAUUAUUCCAGCUGCCACAUAAGGUGUUUUUAAUAUUUUACCUGAUGUCUCUGUUCCCGAUUGGCUCACUAAAUAAAUUAAAGAGCAAGAAGAUAAAUUUUAAUAGCAGAAACUACAAUUUAAGAAUUUUAAAAUUCCUUCUUAAUAACCUUAAAGUAUAAUGCAAGCUCUUCACAACUAAUAAUAAAUGAAACUUGUAGGCAUGUCUGAAGAUUAAUAAAAGCCAACAUAAAAAUCUUCUACAAAUAAGGCAUUCACUCAUACCACAAAAGUAGUUUAAAAACCAAAAAAAUUUGUGAAUCCAUACAAUAUGAAUACUCAAUUCAAAGACUUCUUAUAAGCCUAGAAACAACACUGGAUAGAGUUAAAAAAAUACAUGCAAGAUUUUAGUUAUGCUUAGAAUAUUUCUACAUUGAGGUAAAUGUUUUCUAAUCAAGAUGAAUUCAUUCUCAAAUCUGACUGGCAUGUUCUUUAAAUAGCACCCACAGAUUAGUUAGGUGUUUAUAAAUUAUGGGCUUUCGUGAUUGAAACAAAGUAAAUUAUAUCUGUUUCAGUAGAAAUUCCUAGAGUCAUUUAUGUGAAUAGUUUGGUUGAAUACUAAGCUGAUGAACAAUUUAAGUUAGUGAAAAAGAAACUUCCAAGAGAAAAAAGAGCUUAUUAUCUUUACGAAAUUAGUAAGAAAGAAGAAGAAUUUCACUCUCAAUUUAAAGACUUUGAGUACUUCCUUUCAAACCCUGAAAUCGAAAAUAUUUAUGAAUACCAUUAGCCUUUAGAUUUUAAAUUUAUUGUCUAAAUAGGAAAUGUUGUUAAAAUAAAUUAAAAAUCUAUACCAAGAGGGACAUCUUAUUCAAAUUAUGUUUUUAAAUUAGAAUAAUUUGCAGGUUAAUUUGGUGACUCUAAAACUUAUUUAGAAGGUAUGGAAAUUUCUAAUUCUGUUAUAUAUAUUGGCGAGUUAAAGAUGAAGGACAGAAAACUUUGGUGUAUACUGAAUGCUUAAAUAUCUGAAUACAUUUUUAUUAUGGUACAUAAGACUGUUGAUAAAAAUAAAUAUUCUAAAAUAAUCAGAGAGUCGUUGCCUGAGAAUUUAGUUAAUCCCUAAAUGAAGAUAUAAACAUAUAAUUUUGAUGUGAAUGAUAAAGCAUUUAUUUUUAUAGAAAAUUACCUUCAAGAAAUUAAAUCUAAGAAAGUCCAUGGUAUCAUUUUAUUCUAGACUUCUUAUACUUUGCAGAAUUUAAGAGCUUAAGGCAUAAAAUCUAUAUUUACUGAAUAUCCUUGUGCAUAGCUUCCUCAUUUAAAAAUGGAUGAAUCACUUUAUAGUUCUUUAGAUUGGCAACAAAAAGGUAUGAGAUUCUUAUGUCAGUAAAUUGAAAAUGUUUAAUAGAAUCUUGAAAAUGCUUACAGAUUAACUGAGUACGUUUAAGUACCCAUAUGCAAUUUAAACUUUGAAAAUUCAUUUAGCCAAUUAACUGAUAUUUACUUUGGUCGUUUGCUUAGAAAUGAUAAUUGUAUUUCUUGGUAUGGUAGCUACAUAAAUAAUAAAGAAUAGGAAUACAGACAGCUUAUUCCUUCAGAUUUCUUGAGAAACGAAAUAUCUUUUAGCGGUUUGUAUACUUCACAUACCGUCGAAAUUGAUAUUGGUUUGCUCGCUCUCAACACUAUUGCUCAUGCUGAUGAAUUAAAGAAUAUUGAUAAAGAAGCUAGUAAGCUCAUAGAUUAUUCAAGGGUAAAUAAUAAGUAAAACAAAAACAAAAAAGGAGUUUAGUAUUAACAAUAAGAUCAUGAAGAAAUAGAUGAGUUAACUCAAGCAAAGCAAUCCUUUAAGAAUCUUUAGUAAAUGGUAUAAUACUGGAUACAUGAUGUAUAGCAAUUUGAGAAUCCUAUUGCAGAUUUUUUCAUUACCAAUAUUCACUCAUGGCUAACAACAAAAGAGUCUAAAUUUUAUGAUCCUAUUCUCUCAAAAAUGCUUCAAAAACUCAUGAAGAAAAUUUUCUAAUAUUUUAUUUCUAAACUAAGAGGUCUAGGUGCUAAAAUUGUUCAUUCUACAAUGAAUAAGAUUAUUCUUGAUACUGGCAAAAAUACUUUAAAUGAAGCUAAAAGCUAUACUCAAUAUAUCCUCCAAACUGUGCUUGGCUAGCCUCUCUUUAAGGUGCUGACUUUAACACCAUAAAGAUAUUUCAAGAUUUUACUUUUUAAAGAUUCCCAUAAUUACAUGGCUCUGUAAGAGUUUGACAGUAGUAAUGAAGAAAAAGAAACAGGCUAACCUAAUUAAACAUAGCAUUCUGUUAUUUCUAAUUGGCAUAUUUCAGAUUUUUUACCACCAAAAUUAAAACACUAUUUCCAACUUGUUGUUUUAGAAUAUUUGUAUAAAAUAACUCAAUAAAAAGCUGAAUUAGCAACAAAUCCUGAAUAUGCUAAUACACUAGUUGAGGAAAUCGAAUCAUUCUGCAAAAAGUAUAUUUCGGUUAAUCUAUCAGAUAAACUAUUAGACGCUAUUCCAGAAUUGGAAACAUAAUAUAGAAGAGAUAGAUAGCAAAUAGAAAAACUAACUUAAAAAUAAGAAGAAUACAUAUACCUUGAAAGCUAAAUUAUUGAAUAACAAAAGAAAUUGAAAAAAUCUUAAAUAGAAAAUAAUUACCAUUAAGAUUUUGAUAUGGACGCAGAUUACUAUGAUUAAAUUUAGCAAGAAAAAGAAGAAUAGCAAUACAAAAAAAAGAUUCAGAACUAAAAAGAAAAUAAUAAUAAUACUAAGCAAUCUUAAAAAGCAAUGGUAAACGAAGAGGAUGAUUAAUAUGAAAACUAACUUGUAGAUUAUGAAGAAAUAGAAAAUGAGUAAGAAGAUUUAGAUGAUUUUAUAGUUUCUUAAAAUGAGCAAGAAGCUGAUAAUUAUUAUUCUGAGUAAGAAGAUGGUGAUGAUUUAAAUGAUUCUUUCGUUGUUGAUGAUGUAAAGGAUGCUCUUUAUGCAGACAUCCCAGCAACAUAGGAUGAACUUUCUAAGCUUAAAAGGAUAAUGAAGAGAGAUUAAAAAAAAUUAGAUGAGCUAAAUAAUUUAUGGAGUUUUCCAUAGCUUCUUGGUGGUAGAGUUAAAUAUGAUAACUCUAUAUUAGAAUUUGUAAACUUUUUGAUGCAUGUGUUUAGCCUGGAUUAGAAUGUUAAAGAUGAAUUAAUUUAGGUUAAGAGAGAUUGCUUGAAAUUCCUUAAAAUGAAUGAUUUUUCAAAUGAAGCUUAAUUUAAAGAGCCCUGUGUUAUCAUAAAAGCAGCUGAUAUAGUAUGCAAGAGUUGUCUCUAAGUAUGUGAGCUAGACAUAUUCAGAGAUGAUUGGAUCUGUCAAGAAUGCAGAACCCCUUAUGAUUUACAUUAUCUUGAAAAUAAAUUUAUAGAACUAAUUAAAAACUCAUUAACUUUCUAUUAGUUCCAAGAUAUAUAUUGUAAGAAAUGUAAAAUGAUAAAAGAAGACCUUUUGAGUAAUCUUUGCAAAUGCUCAGGUUCAUACUUCUUCUAAAUUGAUGAAAAUAUUUUACCAAUAAUUGGUCCUGAUUCUAAAAAAAUAAGAAGAGCCUUUACAGAGCUUGCCCAAACUAACAAUUUCAAUACUCUCUUACAAAUGAUUUAAUAGACAUGGAUUAUUUGA